CUAGUGUGCGCGACUUUUAAUUUAAUUAUUAUUGAAAUUAAUUGUGAUAUAUGAGGGGUCUGUUAAAAAAAAUGUACUUUCCCCAAGUCCAGAAACCCCACUAAAUGAAAACCCAGAUCUAUAGGACUUGAGCUUAGUAGUCAUAUUAAAAUUUUCUUCAUUCCUUUUUAUGUUUUGUUUUUCAGGAGCACAUGGUAAAAUAGCUGGCGGUGACCAUGGUCCAUAAAAGCAAAGCAUUUUGGAUUGGCAACUUUAAAGAUCACGCCAUUAACAUAAAUAUUGGAGGAUUGAAGAAGCGGAUUAGCUCCAUCAUGCUAUCACAGUUUCCAAACACCAGGCUGGGGCGAUUGCUUUUCUGCGAUUCUGAAGAAUCCAUCCUACAGAUCUGUGAUGACUAUGACUUGGUGUCGAAGGAAUUCUACUUUGACCGAAACCCUGGCUUGUUCCCAUAUGUUCUUUAUUUUUAUGAGACGGGAAAGUUGCACAUGAUGGAUGACUUAUGCGCUUUUUCAUUCUCACAAGAAAUUGAAUACUGGGAAAUAAGUGAAUUUUUUUUAGACUCUUGCUGUAGUUAUCGAUACCAUGAGCGUAAGUUAGAAAGUAGAAGACGGAACUGGGAUGAAGAGAGUGAAGUAAGCAGUGUGGAUACAUCUGUAGAUGAAAUUUCUGACUUUAAUCAAGACCUCAUGCACUUCAACACACUGCAGUGUGGCAAUUUGCGGAAAAGGCUCUGGCUGACUAUGGAGAAUCCCGGCUAUUCAAUACCAAGCAAAAUUUUCAGCUUUAUUUCUAUCUGUGUAGUUAUUCUAUCUAUAUCAACAAUGUGUAUUAACAGCAUGCCAGAAUAUCAACAAGUAGACAAGGAUGAUGUUCCCAUCGAUGACCCUGUCCUCCACAAUCUGGAGUAUUUCUGUAUCUCCUGGUUCACAUUUGAAGUGUCUUCUAGGCUACUUCUUGCUCCCAGCCUGAAGAAGUUCUUUAAGCAUCCAUUAAACCUGAUAGAUAUUGUGUCUGUUCUACCCUUCUACUUCACUCUUUUGGUAGACUUGACCAUUGGCAGUGAUUAUGAGUUGGGAAAUUUGGGUAAGGUUGUACAAGUGUUUCGACUUAUGAGGAUUUUUCGAGUCCUCAAAUUGGCACGACAUUCAACUGGCCUUCGGUCACUUGGAGCAACGCUUAAGCACAGCUACAGAGAAGUUGGCAUCUUACUACUGUACUUGGCUGUUGGAGUCUUAGUCUUUUCUGGAAUGGCGUACACGGCAGAGAAAGAUGAAGACACGGGGUUUGACACCAUCCCAUCCUGUUGGUGGUGGGGAACUGUAAGCAUGACGACUGUAGGCUAUGGCGAUGUUGUCCCAGCCACCGUAGCUGGAAAAUUAGCCGCUUCCGGCUGUAUCCUGGGUGGGAUAUUGGUGGUGGCCCUGCCGAUAACUAUAAUAUUCAACAAGUUUUCACAUUUCUACCGGAGACAGAAAGCCCUGGAGAACGCAGUGAGGAACAGUGACAGGAGGCCGAGCCAGGAACCACAAGACGAUAGCGAUAAAAUAUCAGAGAGCCUUACAGAACUAUAACCAGCAAAUGGAAGCUGUGCGGCAAAUGAAUAAACAGAGACAUUGCACACCCUACAAUAGUGAGCAGCCAAUGAAUAGUUCCAGGGUCAUGACCAUAAGCCAGUAAGGUCCAUGAUCCUGUAUUAUAUAUAAAAUAUGGUGUAUAUAUGGUAAUUCCAUUGUGCAGUGUUGAAGAUGCCACUAAUGUUACCUCCUUUAGUAAUAAGCAUAGGCAUGCGCAGGGGGUGUGUAAUCACUCUGUACAGUGCAGUUUCCCCCUACUAUCUGGGCUUCCCCCAUGUUGCCCUCCGCCCCACAGUGCUGCUGGUUUCCCUCAUCUGCUGCAGGGGAUAGUUCAAGAUGGAGAGUGGGGGGAAAGUGAUAGUCAAUAUGUAGUUCACCACCCCCUUACUUUUUUAAAUCAACACAGUGAACACAAUCACUCACUGUGUUCAUUUACAACUGAAGCAUAGUAAACUGUGUUUGUGAAUGAACAG